AUGGCGGCGGCGGCACCUGGGGCUCUUGGCGCCUUGCAGGCCUGCCGCGCCCGCUGGGUGGCCGCUGGCUGCGCGCCGCUCGGGCCUGGGUGGAGGCUGUCCGGCCCCUUGACGGGCCCGCGGCUCGGUUCGGCGACCUGGGUCCGGGGCUGGGCGCCGGCAGCCGGGAGGGCGACGCUGCGGCGGGGCUACAGCUCUGAGGUGAAGACGGAGGACGAGCUGCGGGUGCGGUACCUGGAGGAGGAGAACCGAGGCAUUGUGGUGCUUGGGAUAAACAGAGCUCAUGCCAAAAAUUCAUUCAGUAAAAACCUUGUUAAAACGCUCUCAAAAGCUGUGGAUGCUUUAAAAUCCGAUAAGAAAGUGCGGACCGUAAUAGUCAGGAGUGAAGUCCCAGGGAUAUUCUGUGCUGGUGCCGACCUUAAGGAAAGGGCCAGAAUGAAUCCCAGUGAAGUUGGUCCUUUUGUCUCCAAAAUAAGAGCUGUGAUUAAUGAAGUCGCUAACCUGCCUGUGCCGACGAUCGCGGCCAUCGACGGGCUGGCUCUAGGUGGUGGUCUGGAGCUGGCGCUGGCCUGUGACAUCCGAGUGGCAGCGUCUUCUGCAAAAAUGGGCCUGGUUGAAACAAAGUUGGCCAUCAUUCCCGGUGGAGGGGGGACGCAGCGCCUGCCCCGCACCAUCGGCACAUCGCUGGCCAAGGAGCUCAUCUUCUCCGCGCGGGUGCUGGACGGCCAGGAAGCCAAGGCCGUGGGCCUCAUCAGCCACGUCCUGGAGCAGAACGCAGAGGGCGAUGCAGCCUACAGAAAGGCCCUGGACCUGGCGCGGGAGUUCUUGCCUCAGGGACCUGUUGCAAUGCGAGUGGCAAAAUUAGCCAUUAAUCAAGGGAUGGAGGUUGAUUUAAUAACAGGCUUAGCCAUAGAAGAAGCUUGUUAUGCUCAGACCAUUCCAACGAAGGACAGACUGGAAGGGCUCCUGGCGUUUAAGGAGAAAAGAUCCCCCCGCUACAGGGGGGAGUAAGCGAGCGCGACCGCAAAGUGCCGGGGUGACCGCGUGGGGCGUCUCUCAGGCCAGGUGGCUCAGCGCCUGGAAUGCCAGGGACCAAAGCCGAGAGCGCCAGCCUUCAGCGCCGGGGCACCUGCUGUCGGCCCCCAUGCUUUGUUCUCCUGUGCGCAGGCCACACGCGUCCAGAUCCGUGAGCUUGCAGUGCACUCGCUCGGAGCUGGUCUGAAGCUAGGCAGACAUCCAGAUGCUCCCUGCACACGGAGCUUUGUGUUCCCGGUGUUUGGUGUGAAUGAUGUAUAUAUUGCACACUCUAGGAAGUGAUGAUUGUAUGUCUGCUGUGCUGCAAUAUGAGAAUAAACAUUUCUAUAUACCAAAAAACGUGAUGUUUACCAACCAGUCUCUAAGAGUUAUACACACAGGCACACACACACGUCUCACACCGAGAAGGAGAUUGAUAGAUCCCUAAGUGAAACUGACCAAUUCUAAAUAAAAUCAGUGAAAAGGAGACUUGGGGAUUUUUCUCUUACCCUGCUCUUUUUUAAUCGAAUAAAGCAUCACAUGUUGGAUUUUAGGAGAAACCACCUUUCCCUGUGGACUCUGGUUAUCAGGCGACCUCACACAGUCAAUCAAGAGGACAGUGUGGUUGGUGGAGAAUUAG